AUGGGUCCAUCGGUCCCUCUUUGGAUCCUGCAGAACAGGCCCGAGUCCUCCUCUCAAGCGGGGCCAGGGGACCCCCAGCGCUCCCCGCGCGCUCCCGGGUGUUGUCAGGGCGCAGCAGCAGCCGCAGCCGCGCGGCCAGGAACUCCCGCCGCAGCGCCUCCGGUCGCCACGGCAACCGGGGAGGCGCUGACCUCUGACCCCGCGGCCCCGCCCGGCCCCGCCCCUCUGCGUCCUCGAGCUCUACGUGCAGGCCAACCCGGAAGUGCCGCCGCCGCCCGGUGCCGGGAGCCGCCCGCCGGGCCAGGCCGAGCCCCGCGUCCUCUGCCCGGCAGCCGCGGUCAGUCCCGCGGCCCGCCGGCGCCCGGGCGGCCCCGUCCCCAGCCCCCCGGGUCCCCUCCACCGGCCCCGGGCGCCCCGCCCCCGCCCCCGCCCGAGAGGAGGAGCCGAGCGCGGGGGAGGAGGAGGCGGGAGAGGCGAGCGGAGGGAGCGAGGCCGCGCCGGCCGCCGGCGGUUCGUAUUAGCGAGGUCCGAGGAGCGGCGGGGCCCGGCCGGCGGGCGGCGGGCAGGCGGGGCGGAGGACGCGGGCGGCCCGGGCGGCAGGAGCGGCGGCGAGCUCCAGCCCGCGGGGCCCGGGGACGGGGGCCGCCCUCUGCGCAGGGCCCGGGCCGCCAGGCCUCACCCGCCCGCAGGCCCGGCAGCCGCCCGCCGCCCGCCGCCGCCCGGGGCCCGUCCCCAGGGGUGGCCGGAGCGCGACGGAGCCAGGUGAUGCUGGGCCCCGGGGCGCCCCCAGAGGGAAGGGCACCGCCACCCUCCCACCCCCGGAGCCGCCCCGGACGAUUUGACAGCAGCCCCAAGGAAGUUGUUGAACUGCUCAGAGAUCACCGGUCCCCGUUAAGUGCCCCAAGGAUGGAGUGA